GGAAUGGAAAGGAAGGAUGAAUUGGCGGCGGCGACGAAUUUAAGCGGACAGAAGGAGGCGUUUAGAGAGAAAGGGGAGGAAAAGGAAAGGCGCUCACAGGUCCCAUAAUGCCUGCAGUAAAACUACAUUUCCCGUGAUGCUCCGGAAAAUGCGUGAGAAGGGAAAACUCCAAGUCCCGCGAUGCUCUCGGCGGCGGAGAUUGAACCGGAAAACGCUUCCUUGCUUUGAGAAGUGAAGAGACUGGUGCUGAACAACCAAAACUCCGAUAUGAAACUGUCCCAGGCUGUCUAAUCUUCCUGGCUGGUCUCUAAAAGAUGGAAAUGCUUUUUUGGACAAGGAGCUAAAAGAAUGCUCAGGUCAUGUAUUUGUGGAUUCUGUGCCUGAAUUCUGCUUACCAGAGCAUGAGUGAUGGUUCGCCAGUGAUAGAAACCUGGAAUAUACUGCACAACUUGCAGGCAGCUGGGCAAGUCCGGGAGUGUCUCUUCCAGAAAGCUCAACUGAUCUAAGCCUCUGCUGGUCUGAGUGGUGUCCUCAGCCAUCCUUCCUAUUUAUAUAUGCUUCAGGAGGAAGGCACCUAUCAGACGGAGCUAAUAGACCUGUCUACAGUCGAUGUGAUUCUCAUCUCUAACUAUCACUGCAUGAUGGCGCUGCCCUACAUCACCGAGCACACAGGGUUCACAGGCACAGUGUAUGCCACAGAACCCACCAUGCAGAUCGGCAGGCUUCUCAUGGAAGAGCUGGUGAAUUUCAUCGAAAGAGUGCCAAAGGCCCAGUCUGCCUCCUUGUGGAAGAACAAGGACGUACAGCGGCUGCUGCCCUCUCCUCUCAAGGAUGCAGUGGAAGUGUCAACCUGGAGAAGAUGCUACACGAUGCAGGAGGUGAACUCUGCCCUGAGUAAAAUCCAGCUGGUGGGAUAUUCCCAAAAAAUUGAGCUUUUUGGUGCUGUUCAGGUGACCCCUCUGAGCUCUGGCUAUGCCCUAGGAAGCUCCAACUGGAUUAUCCAGUCCCAUUAUGAGAAAGUGUCUUACGUCUCUGGAUCCUCCUUGCUUACCACGCACCCUCAGCCCAUGGACCAAGCUUCUCUCAAAAACAGUGAUGUUCUGGUUCUCACAGGGCUCACACAGAUCCCCACUGCCAACCCCGACGGCAUGGUGGGCGAGUUCUGCAGCAACCUUGCUCUGACAGUUCGAAAUGGAGGAAACGUGUUGGUUCCAUGCUACCCUUCUGGAGUGAUCUAUGACCUCCUGGAGUGCUUGUAUCAAUACAUCGACUCCGCUGGCCUCUCCAACAUCCCCUUCUACUUCAUCUCCCCAGUGGCCAACAGUUCACUUGAAUUUUCCCAGAUUUUUGCCGAGUGGCUUUGUCACAACAAACAGAGUAAAGUGUAUCUCCCAGAACCGCCUUUCCCGCAUGCAGAGCUCAUUCAGACCAAUAAGCUGAAGCACUACCCCAGCAUCCAUGGAGACUUCAGCAAUGACUUCAGACAGCCAUGUGUGGUGUUCACUGGGCAUCCUUCCCUCCGGUUUGGAGACGUUGUCCACUUCAUGGAGCUCUGGGGGAAGUCUAGUCUCAACACUGUCAUAUUUACAGAACCUGAUUUCUCCUACCUGGAGGCCCUGGCUCCUUACCAGCCACUGGCCAUGAAAUGCACCUACUGCCCGAUUGACACUCGACUGAACUUCAUCCAGGUGUCAAAGCUGCUUAAGGAAGUGCAGCCCCUGCACGUGGUCUGUCCUGAGCAGUACACCCAGCCACCCCCGGCCCAGUCCCACAGGAUGGACCUUAUGAUCGACUGCCAGCCACCAGCCAUGUCCUACCGGCGGGCUGAGGUCCUCGCCCUGCCCUUCAAACGACGCUAUGAGAAAAUUGAAAUCAUGCCAGAGCUGGCAGACUCCCUGGUGCCCAUGGAGAUCAAGCCCGGCAUCUCCUUGGCAACUGUCUCGGCUGUGCUGCACACGAAGGAUAACAAACACGUGCUUCAGCCCCCUCCCAGGCCCGCCCAGCCCCCCAGCAGUAAGAAGAGGAAGCGGGUGAGUGAGGACGUUCCUGACUGCAAAGUGCUGAAGCCUCUGCUAAGCGGCUCCAUCCCAGUAGAGCAGUUUGUGCAGACCCUGGAAAAGCAUGGCUUCAGUGACAUUAAGGUGGAAGACACAGCCAAAGGUCAUAUUGUCCUGCUGCAGGAAGCCGAGACACUCAUCCAGAUUGAGGAGGACUCAACUCACAUCAUCUGUGACAAUGACGAGACUCUGAGGGUACGAUUGCGGGACCUCGUCCUCAGGUUCCUGCAGAAGUUCUGAGUGGGGCGUCCGUGAGCUCCUAGACCUCGGACAGUCUGGCGGUGGCCUCUGGCUUCCAGGGAGAAGUGUCUCUGGCCAGGACCUGCCAGUCUGACUUCCUUGUACUGCUGAAGCCAAGAACUUUUAAGUCCUGUUCUUUUCUAUUCUGAGCUCUUAAGCAGCUUGGGGGUGACAGCAUGACAGGAGUCCUUUCCUAAGGGAAGUGUUAAUCACUGGCCUGUGUUUUCAGGACUCAAAGGGGGCAGCUCUUGGACUUACCUGCCUACAGUACUACACCUAUUAAAGGACAGUCCCCCAGGUCAGAAAGGGAGCCUAUCUAGCUCUAUUCUGUGGCCCAUUUUGCUAAAAUAAAUGCUAUUUUUAUAGAA